UGGCGCCUCAGUAUUCGUUCCGACUCCGUGCUAGUGGGACGCGUUCCCGCGGUGUCUGGCUGCUUCGUGAUCGCGUCGUGACCAGAAACGCGUACGCGAGGUGCGAGAACGCCCCAAGUAACCGUUCUUGUAACUAUCCGCGUGUACCGGGUGAAAAUUACCGACUCGUGUUCGACAAUUUCCAGUACGAUUGUGGUGCAACUCGUAUACAAGACAGCCUAGGAAGGAAGGAAGGAGAGGGAGUAAGAAGGGUCGCGCAGGGACUGCGGAGAAAGGAAAGACGAAAGGAUUACAGUAUAUUCGAGCAACAUGGCUACUGCGAUCGACGACCGGCAGGAGUUGCUGGAACAAUUUCGGGCGAUCGACGAGAAUGGGGACGGUUUCAUCAACCUCACGGAGCUGCGCAGCGCCCUGGACAUAUGCGGGUUCAAAAUGCCCGGGUACAAGGUGCGCCAGAUGAUCGAGGAGUACGACGACAAGCAGAGGUCCGAGCACAAGGGACGUCUCUCAUUCGAGGAGUUCGAGAAGCUCUGCAAGGAGCUGAAGGCAAACGAGUUGGGGUCCACGUUCAAGCAGGUCGUGUCGAAGAAGGAAAAUCUCGAGACUCUGGGUGGGAUUUCGGAGGCUUCCAGCGAGGGCACCACGCACUCGGUGAGACUGGAGGAACAGCUCGCCUUCAGCGACUGGAUAAACACAAAUCUCUCCCACGAUCCCGAUUUGAAGCAUCUGCUGCCCAUCGAUCCGGAGGGCAAGGCGCUGUACGAAAAGGUCAAAGAUGGAAUUCUCCUCUGUAAAAUAAUCAAUCACUCUUGCCCGGACACGAUCGACGAACGGACCAUCAACAAGAAGAAUCUAACAUUGUACAAGAAGCACGAGAACUUGACUCUGGCUCUAUCCUCGGCCCAAGCAAUCGGUUGCAACAUAGUGAACAUCGACGCCCACGAUCUCACGAAAGGUUCUCCUCACUUGGUCCUCGGUCUCUUAUGGCAGAUCAUCAGGAUCGGUCUGUUCAAUCAAAUCACUCUGGAGAAUUGUCCUGGGCUGGCCACUCUGCUGCAGGAUGGCGAGCGUAUCGAGGACCUGCUGAAACUCUCGCCAGAAUCGAUACUGUUGCGAUGGGUGAACCAUCACCUGGAGAACGCCGGAAUCGCCAGACGGUGCAACAACUUCCAGUCGGACAUCACCGACUCCGAGAUUUACACCUAUCUGAUCAAGCAAAUCGCCCCCCACACCGCAGGCGUCACUCUGGAGGCGUUGAUGGAGCCGAACCACACGUCACGAGCGGAGAUCAUGCUCCAGCAAGCGUCGAAAUUAGGAUGUCGCAGCUUCGUGACGCCCAGCGACGUGGUGAACGGCAUAUACAAGCUGAAUCUCGCGUUCGUCGCCAACAUGUUCAACAACUACCCGGGCCUGGACAAACCGGAGAGCAACAUCGAGGGUCUGGAGUCUCUGGAGGAGACCAGAGAGGAGAAGACCUACAGAAACUGGAUGAACUCGAUGGGCGUGGUGCCUCACGUGAAUUGGCUCUAUUCCGACCUGGCUGACGGUCUGGUGAUCUUCCAGCUGUACGACAUCAUCAAGCCGGGCACCGUGAACUGGAACAGGGUGCACAAAAAGUUCACCAAGCUGCGGAAGUUCAUGGAGAAGCUGGAGAAUUGCAAUUACGCGGUCGAGCUUGGUAAAACGAUGAACUUCUCGCUGGUGGGGAUCGCCGGUCAGGAUCUGAACGACGGGAACGCGACGUUGACGUUGGCGUUGAUCUGGCAGCUCAUGAGAUCGUACACCCUGUCGAUUCUGACGUCGCUGGCUGGCACACAGGGCAGCACCCUGGUCGAGAAGGAGAUCGUCCAGUGGGUGAACUCGAAACUACAGGGGGCGGGGAAGAGCAGUAGCAUCAAGGGCUUCCAGGAUUCCUCGAUAUCCGAUGGAAAGGUGGUGAUCGAUCUGAUCGACGCCAUUAAACCGGGAACGGUUAACUACGAGCUCGUCAAGGAGGGUGGCGCUGAGGAGGAGAAUCUGGACAACGCGAAGUACGCGAUAUCCUUGGCCCGGAAAUGCGGCGCGCGCGUCUACGCGUUGCCUGAGGACAUCACCGAGGUGAAACCGAAGAUGGUGAUGACGGUGUUCGCCUGCCUGAUGGCGAUGGAUUACAUCCCCAACAUGGACUCCGCGAAGCAACAGAACAACGUGAACAACGGCCAAUAAUGUCGCGCGAACGUGUUUCACGCGCGAGAACUGUCGACUGAGCCUUGGUUGCCGCGGUACACCGUGUCUCUGCUGCGAACGUAAUAAUUGUAUAUACCUAGGUUAGGGUAGCUUGUUUUCCAAAAUGAAACCAGGGAGAUAGAUAGAAAGGAGAAUCAUGGAACGAAUCACGGUACGACGACAAUGGCGUUCACAUUCUGGACCAGCGGACCUCGUAAAUUGUCGGACAAAACCUUUCUGACUUAUGAAACACGAUAAAUCCUGUAUCCGAUCCACUGGAGAGACUGCUACCAGCACACUGUGAUUAUUGUAUCGAUUAAGUUACAGAAGUUUAGACGUCAAUCGAUAGAGUAGGAUCAGAGAGAUGUUGGGGGAGUAUUUCGGUCUAGCAAUCUUUCUUUGUUAUUUUUUUAAAGGCAAACCAUAGACAGCUCUGUAUUGAGAUUCCGUACAUAUAAAUAGUGUUGUUUCGAGUAUACACAGUAUAUUUGUCAAGAAAAAACACUGAAAAUCAUAGGAGAUACAGAUUAUUGAAAAGUGUCAUGGCUGACGCAAUUCUAGCCGGUUCCCAGCAGUAACUUUGUUAUUUCUAUGCAUUUCCAAGCCGUUGAUCUGAAGCAAAUGAAACGAAAAUCGAUCUUUUUCCCCCAAAUUUGAGACCAGAGUACUUCCUGGAGUAGAAAUCCUCAAGUUCGAGGCCCAGCGUGAUUUUAUCGAGUCCUUGCGUGGUCCAGGAUGUUGGGCAACGCCGUAGAUCCUGCUAGCGAGCUUCGAGGGAGUGAAUCGUGGAGAUGGAUCGUUACGAUCGUACGGAGCUACGUGGAGGCGUUUAGUGUAUACGAUAGCACUUCUGUACGCUUCUUUACCGGUUGUCGGUCGCGAGAGAAUCGUAUCGCGUGAUAUGGGAUUCCCCCUCUCCAAUCUUAUUCCGCAAUCAUAUCCUUGUCUAGCUCAAACACGUUCGUAAUUAGGACUGUUCGAGUAUUUUAGAAGUGUUCGAAUGCUACGAACGAACAUUGAACACUUGAGUAUUCGAAUGUCGGUGUGAAACAAGAGUGUACUCUUGCACUAUGACUGGGACUGCUUAUCGAAUCGCACUGUUUCGAGUAAUUCUAGAAUACCACGAAUAUUACUCUGAAAUCCAGCGUACCUUAUUAUUAGACUGCGGAUGUUUAUGCAUUUAUGGGAAAUUUUAAUCCUCAAAAAACUACAGAAUGCAUUUGAUAUGCAAAAAUAUAAGAAAUACUUAAUUUAGGGGUUGAGACAGCACUCUGUGAAGCUUCCGUUUCAAUAAUUUUAUUAACAAAAAUAUGAAUUUGCAUGAAGAUCCGCAGUCUACUUAUUAUCAUUUGUUCUCCCCGUGUCGUUUAUAAUUAUCAUUAACGCGUUAAAUGGCGAUCACUGACGUUAGGAAUAGCACUAAAGAACAAGCAUGCCAUUUUGUAAUUUGAAAAAAUGUAUUACUAAGAAGGAGAAAGAAGAAAAAAGAAAAAGUAUCGUGGUAUUCUGGGGUUGGGAAUAACCGAGCGCCCAGUUAUUCGAAUAGUCCGGUAUUCGAAUGGUAUUCGCCGAAAAUCUGAAUCAUCGAAUCGUAGGAAUAUUGAAAUACAGAGAAAUUAGAGAGAUAGUCCUAGACCUGUUCGUAACGCGACCCUAGAUUUGUAUAAAUCGAUUUUGUAACAUCCGUUCUGUCAAUAAUCGAUGUGGGGAAGAAUAGUCAAUGAAAAUCGACGCGACAAAGCGUUCAUAUACCCAGAUACCGAGAAAUUCGAAUGUCAUUCGACCGGUAUUCGAUCAUCCGGGUCGAAGGUUUUAAUCAACUUCGUGGGAACGAAAAUAAUUGGCGUAUACCGGAUAUACGCUACCUUCAGAUUGUCGAUUAUAUAUAUAUAUAUAUAUAUAUACAUACAUAUAUACUAUAUUUACAUUCUUAAAUCAUAUAUAUAUACUUGAGAUGUAUACACGUAUUUGAUAUUGCGAGAAACUGUCAUACUUUUACAAUGACAAUGUCUUCGAUCGAUUAAUCAAUUAAAUUGAGCAACCUGCACGAGGCAACGCUGAAAGUUGUACGAUUCGUUUAAACAAUUGAACAGGAAAUAAUUGCGAAACUUUUGGAUGCAUUUGAACGUUCGUCCUCGAAUCGUUUUGCGAGGACGAGCGACGUUUAACGUUUAAUUUUAAACCUACCUGAAUUUUAUAUCGACGUUCGAACGUGUUUUAAUAACAUGCAAUUGUUGAUAAAAA